UGUUCUGCACAGCCCUCACAGCUCUGUUUGCAAAAUAUGUUCUUGUGAAAUAUAAUUGGAGCUGGGUCACUACAUUUAUUUUUGGUGUCAUUGUUAGUGCAACUGAUCCUGUUGCUGUUGUUGCACUUCUAAAAGAAAUGCGGAUGCCUCAUUCUUUUACCAUUCUUAUUGAAGGAGAAAGUUUAUUAAAUGAUGGAGUAGCUAUUGUUCUGUUUGAAAUACUUGAACAUCACCUUUCAGGAAGAAGCUUAAAAGUUACAGAUUCACUAAUUGAAUUAGGUAAAACUUGUUUUGGAGCACCAGCUUUUGGGUAUACCUUGGCAAAAAUUUCUGAAUGGAUUCUUGUGAGAAUAUACAUUAGUCCUGUUUCAGAAAUGACUAUCACAUUUGUUUUUGCUUAUGCAACAUAUUUAACUGCUGAAAGGUUUCUUGGAAUAUCAGCUGUUGUUGCAGUUGUUCUAUAUGGAAUUACGUUAAGUAGAAACAAAAUGUGUAUAAGUCCAAAAAGUGAAAGCUUAGUUUAUACUGACUGGAGAUUGUUAGCUGUGUAUGCUAAUACUCUAAUAUUUAUAUUUGUUGGGAUACUUGCUAGUAUUAGUCUUUUCCAACAUCGAGAUUAUAGAGAAUUUGGACUUGUAUUUGUUACUUACUUAGCUCUUACAGUAUUCAGAUCACUGAUGAUUAUAUUAUUUUAUCCCAUUCUUAAAUACACGGGAUAUAGUAUAAACUGGAAACAGAGUAUCAUCUUGUCAUGGGGAGGAUUGCGAGGAGCUGUUGGGCUCGCUUUAGCUACAAUGCUAACAUCAAAUCCUAAAAUUGAUGCAGCUAUGCAUGUGCACAAGAUUUUAGUUCAAGUUGCAGGAAUUAUUGUUUUAACUCUGUUGGUGAAUGCAAAUACGUUAAAGCUUAUAAUGAAAUGGAUAAAAUUCAAAGAAAUAACAUUGGUAAAUCGAUUAUCUAUGGGUAACGCUUUGUCUUCUGUAAAAGAAAUUAAAGAAAUGUCAAUGAGAAUAUGCAAAAAUGAUUGGAAAUACAGAAAGGCUGAUUGGGCUUGCAUUUAUCAUCACACUGUGGUUGAUGAUCCUUAUAAAGGAGGCUUAUAUGGAGAUGAUCCUGAAAUGUCCAGUCUGUAUAUUCCAUAUGGAACUUGUGAUGACUGUGCAUUAGCUAUCCUGCCUUAUAAAUUAAAGGAGGAAGAAAUGGAAGGUCUGAAUGAAGCUGCUCGCACAAAAGUCUUAAGAGCCAUGAAAGGUCAUUUCUGGAAACAAUUUCGUAGUGGUUUUAUCCAGAGAAGAACAUUAAAAUGUUUAAGUGUAGCUGCAGAUAAUGCGUCAGACAUAAAAAAAAAAUAUUUGUUAGCAAAUGAAGUUGCUAAAGAUUUUAUGAAAAUUAAAAAGUAUAUUCAUUUCCUGGAAACAAGGCAAUCUUGCGCUUUGAGAAAACUGGAAAGUAGGCAAAAUAAGAGAUUUGAUAUUAAUAUUCACAUUGCAAGAAGCAAAAAACGAACUGGUUUUAAAGCCUGGUGUUGUAAGCUUUAUUUCAGCUCAUGGUUUGAAACUUUAGUUAUCAUUAUGGUUAUUUUGAAUGCCAUUCACAUUAUUGCAGAUCUUAAUUUUGUCUUUAAUCCUGCCAAAGUAUGGCCUAGUGAUUUCAGCAAUUUCUCUGCCUUAUGUUUUGUAAUAUUUUUCUGUGGAGAAGUUACAGUAAAAAUUGCUACAUUAGGCUGGUAUCAGUAUCUCACAGGUGUGUGGAACAAAUUUGAAUUUGCAAUCAUUUUGAUUUGCAUUGUAGAAGGAUUAAUAGACUUCAUUUUGAUGUAUUUCUUCAUAAAGUAUCAUGGCUGGAUUACACAUAUGAGAAUUAUUAUUCUAUUGAGAUUAUUGAGGAUUUUUCAAAUAUUAGAACGGUUUUGUGCCUCACUUAUAGCAUUUUCAAGAAAUUAUACAUCAUCUGAAUUGUAUUAUGUUUAUGAUCUUGGUAGAGCUUUUCUAUUCGCAAAUGAAGGAGUUCUAAAGCAUAUGCCUGUCAUUGUAGAUUUCAAACCAAGUGCGAAUAUUCCUAAUCAAGUUUGUAAAGCAAAUAUUUCAGAUAUGAUUAUUGUUUUGGAGAACUUUGAAAUGCAGUAUCCAGGAGUUGCUUUUGCAUUGAAAUCAAAUCGUGCUGCCAGAAAAAUUCUAAAUAGGGUUGAAUCAGUCCUUGAAUAUUUUAAAGAAAAGUCGCUAAUUUUAAAAGAGGAUGUUAUCGAAGUGAAGAAGGUGUUAUUUAGUAUGACUAAAAAUGUGGUUUAUGCACCCAGAGUUCGACCAAUCAUUCGUGAUGUUCCAAAAGUUUUAGCAACUGUAGACUGGAUUACCAAUUUCGAACUAUUGGAAGAGAUUGAAAAUGACCAUGUAGUACACAUUUAUAAAGCUGGGCAAGUUUUGCAAGAAACUGGUGUACCACAUAAAUUUUUGCUUUUUGUAGUAACUGGUAUUGUCAAGGUAGUAGCUGAUGAAGAGAAAUUUGAAUCAUAUCGAUCAGACUUGUACAAUAAACUCCCAAACAGUGAUUCUUUGCUUUUCUUUGAAAAAGCAAAAGAGGAUGAAUUUGUAGAUUUUCUGACAAUCUCUCAAACUCUUGGACUGCUAGGAUAUUUGCAAAGAACAUGCUCUGUCACUACUGCUAUUUGUAUAACAGAUUGUGAGUUGAUACAAGUAAGCUACAAUUUAUUAGAUGAAGCUGAGAAAUGCUAUGGAAAUCUGAUAUAUUCCAUGUGGAGAAGUAUAGCAAUCAAAAUAGCAGCACAGAUAUUAAAAUUACAAAUACGAUAUAAGAAUUGUUCAGAAGAGGACAUUAAAUUGCGCUUAGGAAAGGGAUUUUUACCAGAUAUGUCAGGUGUUACAUACUGGAAUGUACCUGCCAUUGUUGAUGAUAUGGUUAUUAUUCAAGGAAGAACGAGAGACUUUUUAUCUUCUAAAAAAUUCAUAGCUCCAGCAUAUAUUCCAAGCUCUUACAAAAGCCUCUUCAUGCUAUUUGACCUUGAAACUGGCAUGUUUGUAUAACUGGAUAGCUGGCACUCUAUUGAUUCAGUAACUGGAUGACUAGCGCUCUCUUGUACUUAAACGAUGUGAUUAGAAAUGGGUGUCGAAGCUUUUCUUGGUAUGCUAAAGUAAUCUCAAUAAAAUUCUGGUAAUCAGCAACACUUUUGAUUUAUGAAUGCAUGUAAUCUGUGUACAUUUUUGGCUUUUUUUUUUUUUUUUUUUUUUUUGAGUUAUCAGAAAAUUCAA